AUGACCGCAGCUGCAGAAGAAGUUAGGGCUGCGCUUGAUUAUGAGUUCUUGCCCGGUACUGUCCACCUUGUGGAUCUUGAAGGUACUUUAAACGUUAAAAAAUCGGAAAGCGGUGAUGUUAUUUUGCACCCCCAGCCUACCACCAACGUGAACGACCCCUUGAGAUGGUCGAAAAAGAAGAGAGCCUUCCAAUUCGGAUUGGUCUGGUUCUGGGCUUUCAUGUUGGCCCUCAGUCUUAAUUUCAUGGGUCCUUUGUUCGUCACCUGGAUUGGAGAGUGGAACUCCAACUUCCAAAUGAUGGGUGUUUCCGUCGCGUUUGGUUUCUUGUUCUUGGGUCUCGGUGUCUUGUUUGUUCAACCUACCGGUUUGAAACUCGGUAAGCAGUUCUGUUACAAUGCCGGUACCAUCAUCAUUAUUGUUGGAUGUAUCAUUGGUUCGUUCUCGACAAAUAUUGGCUACUUGUUGGUCUUUAAGGUCUUGGCAGGAAUCUCUGCUGCUCCCGUUGAUACCCUUGUGGAAAUUACCUCGACUGACUUGUUUUUCCAGCACGAAAGAUCCACUGCUUUCAGUUCAUUGAUCUUGGCCUUGUACGCUGGUAGUUUCUUGGGCCCAGUUGCUUGUGGUUACAUUGCCGACAACAUGCACUGGAGUUGGUGUUACUACAUCCAGAUCAUAAUCUAUGUUCCAUUGUUGAUUAUCCAAAUCUUCUGGAUGGAAGACACCACUUUCAGACGUGACGAACACGCUGAAGAAGCCUUGGAAGAAGGUAUUCUUUCCCAAAUCAAGUCCAUCAACAGUGGCCCUAACGCCGACGAAGCAGGAGAAGCUAAAGAGACUAAAGAAAUUGCCGAGGUCGAAGUCGAGUCUGCCGACAACUCAAGCCACUCUUCGCAAGUUCCAUACACCUGGGGACACAAGAGAAAGUGGAUCCACACCGAACAGAAUGAUGUUAGAUCCUGGUUUUGUAUCUUUUUGAGACCUUUCUACUUGAUCACCUUCCCAGCUGUCGUUUGGGGUGGUUUCAUUUACGGUUUCCAAAUGUUCUGGUUGUCUCUUCUUGUCAACACUCAAGGUCUUAUCUACGAGUCUCCUCCAUACAACUUCAGUGUUCAAAGUGUUGGUGUCACCAAUGUUGCUGUGUUUGUUGGAAAUGUCGUUGGUAUGUUUUACGGAGGUCAGUUUGUCGAUUGGUUGACCAUCAAGAUGGCUAGACGCAACCACGGUAUCUUGGAACCAGAACACAGAUUGCAAGCUAUGCUUGUUCCUACAGUUAUCAAUGCUGCAGGUAUCUUGGCCUACGGUUUGGGUUCGCACUACCAAGAGCACUGGGCCAUUUCAGUCAUCAUUGGCCAAGGUUUCAUGGGUUUCGCCAUGAGUUCUUCUGGUUCGAUCUGUUUGGUCUACGCUGUUGAAUGUUACGAGAAGUUGGCCAGUGAGAGUCUUGUGCUUAUGUUGUUCAUCAGAAACAUGAUUGGUAUGGGCUUCACUUUCGCCAUCUCCCCAUGGAUCACUGCUCAAGGUUUGAUGGGCUCCACUUGGGUCAUGUUUGGUCUUUCAGUGGCCAUCAACGGUAGUUACCUUUGUUUCACCCAAUGGGGUAAGGACUGCAGACGUUGGACCAGGGCCAAGUACGAGAAGAUCAGCAACCCACUUUACGGUGAAUACUUUAAAAAGACCAACUAA